GUUUUUGCAGCUGAAGGUCAGAGCUAUUGCGGCAACGCAAGCGAGAGCAGCUAUAAUAAAAGCAGGAGUGCAGUGCGGAAUCAAUAUAACAAGGUGCGUAGGGUACAUAUUGCAUGGUAACACAUCUUUACAUCUGAAACGAGCUGGGCAAGGAGGAGACCAUGCGGGCCCUGCAUGUGGUGCUGCGCAGCGCAUGCGUCAUGGGCGCCGUGGUGGCUCUCACGCGUCCGGUCGGCGAGCCCGCCCGGGUCACGGCCGUCGCGCGCGGCGGCGCCGUCAUUACCGGGCUGAACGGGAAGCCGCCGCUCUCGGCCAUCGACGACGCGCGGCACGCGGCGACGCCGGCCGAGCGGGCGCAGCUCGACCGCGAACUACUCGUAGGCCUGCGAGGCGAGGUGCGUCCCAUUCGCGACCUCGUCUCGCGGACCGGCGACGUGAUACGCUACGGCCCGCACGCGUUCAGCCCCGGCCACGACUACAUGGCGGGCCUCUCGGUCGACGCGGCGCGCGUCGGCGACGAGCUGCAAUUCCACGUGCGCGAGGCCUGAGGCCUCAUAUUUCGAACAUCGAACAUCGACAUCGCAACAAGUCUUAUCUCCAUCGAUCGCAUGUAUCAGUGUGUGCUUAACAACUAUCGACAUGUAGUACACC